CUCUGCAUGUAUCUGGGGCGUGUACUGCCGCUAGAAAAAACUCUCAGUCCUGCAACUCCUGCAGCUCCAGCGAGGCGGUCUGGAUUUUCAGUCAGGGGACGUUCAUCACCAUCACCAUCAUCAUCAUCAUCAUCAGCAGCAGCUCUCCCUCUCUCUCUCUCUAAAACUCCCUCGGACACCCCCACAGUCUCUGCCUCGCUGUCCGUCGGUGUGUCUCUCAACAAGGCCAGCAUCUCCUUUCUUUUCUCUGCUUGUCAUACGGCCAUCAUGUCCUCAAACGGCGCGGACGGGGACCUGCUGCGGAUCCCUCUGGGGCUCAUCAACAGCGAGGGCAAGUAUCUGACGGCGGAGACCUUCGGCUUCAAGAUCAACGCCUCGGCCAGCAGCCUGAAGAAGAAGCAGACGUGGACCCUGGAGCAGACCGGGGAGGACGGCAGCGCGGUGUUCCUGCUCUCCCACCUGGGCCGCUACCUCGCCACGGACAAAGACGGCAACGUUACCGCGGACAGCGAGACGCGCGGAAAGGACUGCCGCUUCGUCAUUACCGCGCAUGAGGACGGGCGGUGGUCGCUGCAGUCGGAGCCCCACGGCCGCUUCCUGGGCGGCAGCCAGGACCGAAUCACCUGCUUUGCGCAAACCGCCUCUCCGGCGGAGAGAUGGAGCGUGCACCUGGCCGUCCACCCGCAGGUUAACCUGUACAGCUUUGCGCGCAAACGCUUCGCCCACCUGAGCGCGCACGGGGAGCGGCAGGAGGUGUCCAUAGACCGGGACGUCCCCUGGGGGGUCGACUCUCUGGUGACGCUGGUGUACCGAGACCAGCGCUACCACCUGGAGACCUCCGACAACCGCUUCCUCCGCAAUGACGGCAGUCUGUCCACCAAGACGGACAAGGAUACCGGCUACAUGCUGGAGUUCCGCUCCGGGAAAGUGGCAUUCCGCGACUGCAACGGCCGCUACCUGGCCCCUGCGGGCCCCACCGGCACCAUGAAGUCCGGGAGGAGCACCAAGGUGGGAAAGGAUGAACUGUUCGGCCUGGAGCGCAGCCACGCUCAGGUCGUGCUGACUGCAGGCAACGAGAGAAACGUCUCCACGAGGCAAGGCAUGGACCUGUCAGCCAAUCAGGACGAGGAAGGGGACCAGGAAGUCUUCCAGUUGGAGAUGAGCCGUGAGGACAGGAAAUGUGCCUUCAGAACUGCUGCUGGAAAAUACUGGACACUGACAGCAACCGGAGGGCUGCAGUGCACUGCCUCCACCAAGUCUGCCAACUGUUACUUUGAACUGGAGUGGCGCGAUGGUCGUGUGUGUGUUCGCGCAGCAAACGGCAAGUAUGUGACCGCGAAGAAGAACGGGCAGCUGGCUGCUACUGUAGACAGCGCAGGGGAGGCUGAACAGUUCCUGAUGAAGCUGAUCAACCGUCCAAUCAUCGUCCUCCGUGGGGAACAUGGCUUCAUUGGAGCUCGUAAAGCUGGAAUGACGACUCUGGACUCCAACCGAGCGUCCUACGAUGUUUUCCAGCUGGAGUUCCAUAACGGUGCCUACUCCCUGAAAGACUCUCAGGGGAAGUACUGGUGUGUUGGAGACGACACCGCUGUCGUGUGCAGCAGUUCUUCACCCGUCCAAUUCCUGCUCGAGUUCUGCGACCUCAACAAGAUGGCCAUCCGUGCUCUGGGGGGGAAGUACCUUAAAGGAGACCACGCUGGAGGGCUUAAGGCCACCGCAGACUCCCUGGACAGCGCCACCCUCUGGGAAUACUGAGAAAGCACAGCCAGACUUCUCCACUAUCUGACAAAAUACUUCACACUAUUGAUAGAUACUGUAGGUAGCUGUUUUCUUUUUUGCAUAUGUGUGUGUGUGUGCCUGCGUGUGUGUGUGUGUGUAGUUGUGAAUUUGUUUGGAUGGUUGUAUGUAUGGUGGAAACUGAAACUGAUCAACUGGAAGUCAUGGCACCAAAGCACUACAAAGUGUUUGAUUUUUUUAUUUUAUUUUCUCAGACAUGAUCUCUUUGUAUUGGGCUUUUUACUGGAGUUUUUGAUGACUUGCUGUUUAAUGAAUGCUUUAUAGUGUGGUUGCACAUUCCGUGUUUCGCCUUUGGUCAAAUUUACUCAAAUUGUACCUGACGAACAUCAGGACAUUUGCUGUUAUUGGUUGUGCCUAUCUGUGAUAACUACUGGUGUAACAAACAUGUAGAAUGCUAUAACUCAUAACUUACAAUAUCUACCCUUCUCCUGCUAAAUGUCCUGCUGCCUCUGUACGCUGCUUUCACGUCUUUCAAGCUAUAAAACAUAAUGCACAUCAGAUAAAGGGAUGUUAUCCAUUUACAUACUUCCGCUGUAAAUAACGCUUGCUUUGUCGCUGAAUCAUUCAAAACAUAGUAACCAUGGAAACAGAGCUGGGAUAUGGCUGGCAGAUCUAAUAUGUUUUUGUCUGUGCACUCUCCAGUUUUCCUUCCUCGGUCAUAAAUGUGCAGACAGACAGACUCUCUUCGGAAAGUCCAAGGUUUUCCUUCAACAAUCAAUCCACUCGGUUAUCUCGGUUUCCUCAGAUCAGUAUCUGGUUUUCAGUUAUAUUCUGAGAUGAGACAAAUGAAAUUUACAUGAAAAAAAGCUCUGAAGUGAAGGAGCCUUGACAGUGGAAUGAUUAUCCUCUGUUGGAAGGAGUGACAGUGAGGUGGUGGGUUAAGCCUAGUUAGCACACGCAAUACGCCCAAUGCACAUAGAUACAUUCAAAUAAGUGAAACUGUGAAAGGACAGUGAAUAAUAAUCAGCACAAUAAUAUAGGGUCCACUUGAACAAAUUUAAAAGCACACAUUUGUUAUGAUGAAAUGUCUGCCUUAGAUUGAUUGCUGCUGGUAUGUGUGUGGGUCUGUGUGUGUGUGUCUGUGUGUGUGUGUGUGUGUGUGUGUGUGUGUGUGUGUGUGUGUGUGUGUGUGUGUGUGUGUGUGUGUGUGUGUGUGUGUGUGUGUGUGUGUGUGUGUGUGUGUGUGUGUGUGUGUGUGUGUGUGUGUGUGUGUGUGUGUGUGUGUGUGUGUGUGUGUGUGUGUGUGGUCAUCUCUGUGGUUCUAUUUCAUGCUCUUACAUUUGAACUGAAUCGAGUAAACACUCCAAUAAAGCUUCUCUCUCAACAGUGAA